GAAGAAGUCCCCUAUAUAAUCGACCGGUAAGAGUUCAUCAACUUCAGUAUACAUUUAAUCACGAUGCUACGAAACUGUUUGAUAUUGGUUUUAGUGAUAGUUGCGGUUCAAUCUGCAACUGUUUUGCAGAGAAAUAUUCCGGUCGAAGUUAGAUAUGAAAGGUUAAAUCACAAUAUUAACGCGAAUUUAGCGGAACAAAUUCAACUAAGCCCCGAAGAGAUAAAAGAAAAUCAGAUUAAAUCCCAAAACCUGGUUAAGUUGGAUGGACCCAUUCCUGAAGCCACAGUGGAUCAUUCUGCUUCAAUUAAAAAUCUGCAAGAGAAAAUUCAGCUUUCUCCAGAAGAGCUGAUUCAAGCACCCAAAUAUAUUCCUGUACCAGACACAUUAAAUAAGUUAAAAAGUGAAACAACUGAUUCAGAAAGUACUAAAAAUAAAAAUUUAAUUAGUACCAUUCAAGAAUAUGUUGAAAACAGAUUGGAUGGUUUGAGGAAUAGCUUUAUACCUAAAGCUAACGAAAAUGGACCUCCAAAAGAAUUAUGGGAACGUUUCGAAAAGGAUGUGAGGAAAUAUUUUGAAGAUGAAAAAAAUAAAGGGGGACUUAGACAAGGUCAGGGAAUAAAUCAGCAAAAUAUAUUCCAAAAUUUUGCAAAUGGGAUUCAGCAGUUCGCCAAUAAUUUUGUAACGCAGUUGCAAGGACAAAAUAGUAGCGCACCAACCGGAACGAGUGGCGAUGAAGGUACCUCUCAGAAUCCAUUCCAAGGUUUUAUUGGAUACUUUACUGGUGGAGUCCAGAAUAUAGUAUCAACGAUUCAGAACGCUGGUCAAGGUACGCAAGGUAGCGGAAACAGUACCGUUUUAGGAGAUAGUGGAUCGUCGAGCCAACAACCUGGAAACAUAUUCACUAGCUUUGUAGCUGGAGUCCAACAAAUCUUCCAGGGUCCUCAACAAGGCAUUAACCAGGUCUUAGCUGGAAACAACUCCCAGAGUGAUACUGAAACAUCUACUAGCUCUUCGGGUGGAAAUCCUAUUCAGCAAGUGAUUCAGUCAUUUGGAAAUAUCGGUAACGCAAUUAAUUCAUUUGUCCAAGGAGGACAAAAUAAACCUCAAGGUUCAGAAGAUGAGAGUUCCAGUCAAGCACCAAGCCAAAACUUUAUUCAGAGCAUCGGCCAAAACAUUGGAAACGCCUUCCAGAAUAUCCAGAACCAGUUUAGACCGCCGAGUGUCAGUCAGUUGCCUCAAAUACCAUCCAUUAGUAGCAAUGAUUCCAACCCUAUUAUCGGUCAAGUUUCCAAUAUUGGAAACCAAGUUCAGCAAGUUGCUGGGCAGGCUGUCAGUAACAACCCUCUUCAAAACCUAAUUCCAGGUGGGUCAAGUACAAGUUCAAGCGUUGAAAGUUCAAGUGACAGCUCUGCGCAAAAAAAUAUUGAAGAGGAAGAAAAUGCUAAUAAUAAAGAAUUAGCCAAAGAUAUUGAGACGUCCACGACAGGUGCUGAAACAACAACGGUCAUGGCAUAGUAGCUUUAGUGUGAUACAUGAAUCAGUUUGUAGCUUUAGAUAUCGACUGUUAGUUUUAGUUUUGCAAUUACCUAACUUAUUUUAAUUUAUUUAACAAUAUUUAUUUGAAAAGAAUAUAUUUCUGAAGAAAAAUAAGAAUUUUUAAAAUAAUACAAAAAUGUUCUAAAUGGUUAAGCUUUUUAUAGAAAAAUUGCGUAAAUAAAGAAAAGAAACUCGCUAGAAUA